AUGUUAUUACAUAUACCCGACUCGAGUCGACUGACCAAAAGUGACGCUCUAUUUGUCGAUGUAAUACACACGGAGACCGUACGGCGCGGGGCUUUUCAAUGGGGCACCGGUAUGGCCAAGACUAUCGGACACAUUGACUUUUACCCCAAUGGGCUCAAAAAUGCCAGUUUACAGCCCAUGCCUGUGCCAAUUGGCAAACGUUCGUCAAUACAAACAGCUGUACAGAUUGUGGCCCCGAUGGGCACCUCUGCGCUCAAAUGGGAUUUAAUGCCAACAAAUGGCAACCCUAUGCUAAUCGUUCAAAUGAAACAGCGUUUUCAAUAUAAGAUUGCCAUAAAAAUGGUUAACGAGUCCAACAUUACUGACCACAAUCAUGAGAAACAUGUCGGGAAAAUGUCCCUUAAAUUUCCAAAUAAAUCCCAUUUUGUCGACACCACUAAAGACUCCAUCGGGUUAACCACUGGACAGACCUAUUAUUCUGUGGUAAUCCUUGCGGACGAUUUGAAUCUGACCUCAAAUAAUGAUUCAUACGUUGAAUUCAAGUGGAGAAUGAGUAAAAUGCAAAGGAUUUUCCGUGCGUUCCGCAGAUCUAGAUCUAAAAUGCUGUUUAUUAGUGAGGUAUCGGUCGCCCCGUUAAACACAGGCAACCAGACUGUCGUCCGUUACUGUAAUGCUAAUCCUAUGGCCGGUGUGGACACCGAUAGU